CAGGGCUGUGGGUAAGCCCCUGGUUUAGGGUAACCUGUGAGCAGUAUCAGUUUGCGCUGGCUAAUGAAAGCUCUGGUGGUUGUGUGUGCGUGUGCACCCUGUGAUGAUGCCGUGUUGCCCGGGCGCUGGCUAAUGAAAGCUCUGGUGGUGUGUGUGUGCGUGUGCACCCUGUGAUGAUGCUGUGUUGCCCGGGGUUACGCAGUGUACGCGGUGGACUCCAGCCCCGGCCCGCGGUACUCGAUCGACGCGAAGCUGACCCGCUUCGGACGGGACGGCACCCCCGCCUACUCGAUUCAGGGCAGAGUGAAGAGCUCAUCUGGCGUUUUUCAGACCCCAGGACCGGGGGCCUACAGUCCGGAAGCGGCCCCCCCCCUCAACAGCCACCGGCGGCCGCCGUCCUACUCCAUGGGCUCCCGCACCAGCUACCGCACCACCGACCCGGUGCCCUCGCCCAACCGCUACACCCUGCCGGCGGUGCUGGGCUCCCACGUGCCCACCAAGCCCGCCAGCGCCAGCUACAGCAUGUCGGCCCGCCACCGGACGGGCGGCCCGGCGGCGGGCCGGGCCCUGACCCCGGGGCCCGGGCGCUACAACAGCACGGACCCCAACGUGUACCUGCCGCGGCGCCCCGCCUUCUCCAUCCUGGGGCGCUACGCCGUGCCCAGCGACGCCACGCGGAAACCGGGGCCCGGCACGCACGACGCCGAGAAGGUGGUGGCGCACAUGCCCCGCCCGCCGUCCUUCUCGCUGGGCGUCCGCCACUCCGAGUUCGUCACGCCGCUGGUGGUGGGCGUGCCGGACCGGGCCUGAGAGGAACGGGUCCGUCCUGCAGGAACUUUUUAAACGUGGCCACGCCCCCCCCCCUUUUCUCUGUUGCAAUGCGUCGAGGGCAGGGGCAGUGCACAGGCUCUGGAACUGGGUUUGCAACUUUGAGGUUGCAGGUUUAAACCCCAGUUGGGGGCAAUGCUGUUGUAACUUAAUUUGAAUGACACGCUUCCAAGCGCUCAGCUGGAUGAAUGGUGGACUGCGUCUUUGAAGGGGGGUAAGGAUGGAGAGUUGCUCAGGAGAACAGGGUGUACUAAAACCCUAAAUGUCAGCUGGAGACCCAGCUCCCCCUCCCCAAUUGCUACUGCAGGGUGAAAAUGGCCACUUCAGAUUAACUGAGGACAGAAUUUUAUUUUGGGGGGGGGGGGGGGAGGGAUAAACGGUUGACUAUUAAUGCUCUGAAACAAAUGACAAAGCUGAGACAGAGAAAGGUUACUUCUUACCUACUAUAAGAAACUACAAAAAAUUUUCUGGAACAUUGGGUAGACCAUCCACAACACCAAAUUAUGAAUGUGUCUGUUUGGGGGGGGGAGGGGGGAGAAGAAUUACCGUUCAUUUUAAGAAACUGAAUAAACGUUCAGAAAAAUUA